AUGGCGACAUCAUCAUUGUUACGACCUAGUUUAGGUAUAACAGAUCAAUCUCAAUCUGGAUCUUCUUCACGUUCAUCAUCCUUCUUCCCUCCUCCUACAUCCAUAUCCAGAUCUUCCACACCGAAUCCUAUAACAUUCCCGACAUCCCUCACCUCAUCAUCUCAGAAUCUUCCAUCUCAACCAUCUCGUUCGCAAUCACAGCAUCACCAUCCUGGGAUAUCCUCAAAAUUAAAACAUAUGUUCGAUAAUCAAAAAUAUGCGAUAUUCGACACUACAGUGGUGAUACAUGAACUGGGGAAUGUACCCCAGCUGUCAGGUGAAUUUGAUGUCCAGUGGAAGUUCAGAGGGAAGAAACCUAGACCUAAGGAGAUGUUGGAACUGACGAAAAAUGGUCACGCUCCACUUGCCAAACCCUCCUUGCCCAAUCUCAAGCUCCAAUCCCAAAACAUGCAAGCCUCAUCCUCCACCGCAUCUGUGGGGACCACUUCUACAGCUUCAUCCGGAGCUUAUCCACCUACACCUCGAUCAAUGCUCACACCAUCCACUUCCGCCGCACCACCUCGCCCUCUCAAGUCCCUCUCUAUGCCGCCACCCAGAGAUGGUUCUGAAAGGCCAGACAAGAGGGGUUCCGAACCUACACCGCUCCAACAAGUUAUUGCACCUGAUACGCCUUCUCCUGAACCCCAAUCAGACACAGUACCAACGGAAUCACCUCAGCAGAUCACAGACGAACCGGAAACAAUUGAAGAGGAUGAUGAUGAUGGAACCCGCUCGAGGAGUACAAGUAAAUCCAGUGAACAAUCUCAAUCUUCAUCUGGUAAAGCUGGUUUACCACCUUUGAUCAACAUCCAUCGACCCAGCAUGACAUCCAGUUCACGCCCUUCGCAAGCGUCUUCCGGAAUGUCGACACCCACCGAUCGAUUAGCAGUUCCAUUUCCUGUCCCUGUACCUGUAAGGGGAGGCACGAUACCAUCUUAUUCGACUUUGAUAGAUCCUAUGGCAAAUAUCGGCGAACCAUCGAGGCGAGGGAUGAACAGGACUAUAUCAAUGGCAACCACCAAUACUUCAUCCUCCACUUCGGCAUCUACCACUGGACCUGCACGACCUUUCCCUUCUAGGGUCCGAUCACUAUCUGGGCCAGGAAUACGAAAGAACAAUAUCAACGGUCAUCGACAAAACAAUGACGAUGUUCAGUCCGAUUGGUUGUCUGAGAUGAGGAAAGGAACAACACCAGCCAGAUCAUUGAAAUCACAUUCGGUCAAAUGGGACUACGAAUUGCAUCACGUUUCGAGAGUACCCAUCAGUAAAUCAGUACAAACCGCUACCACGCCUUCUUCAACCACUCCAAUAAGCUCGACUGAUCCUUAUAGGCAGAAAUCGUCCUCUGGCCAAUCAUUACCUUAUUUAGGUGAAGGACCAUUAUCCGAAUCAGGUCUGAGAUUGGUCAUUGAACAGUUACCUUUUCCCUCUCACUCGCAUAAAAGCCAAAAUCCGCAUUUGAUCAAUGAUAGUUCUUCGGUACAUUCCCAUGGAAGCAGAGAACUUCAUGCGGAUAUUAUGAGGAAAGAAAGUAAAGAGAAGACGGUCUUUGGGAUUGUAGAUAUUGAUUUGGCGGCGUUUGCGGGUAAAGGUAAGAUGACUAGAAGGUUUUUGUUGAAAGGUAGUAGGACGAAUGCGACCAUCAAGCUGUCGGUCGAUAUGAGAUGGAUAGGUGGCGAGGACAAGUGGGCAGCUCCACCCAUGCAGGAAGGUCAUCAUGUAUCUGGGGUGCACGACUUCAUGCCUGAUACCGAAGGGGCCAUGCGAAGUGACCUGGGUCUUGUCAAAACACCAUCCAACUCAUCCUCAGGAUCUUCUAUGGGCUUGGAGCUUCAAAGAUCCCGAACGACAUAUUCUACCGUCUCGUCCAAUUAUCAGACUAGGAAUGGAUCUGCUACCGACCUGGGUAGAUCGAUCACCAAUCACAGCUAUCAAUCUUACGAGAAUCAUCUCGCACCGUCGAUUUCACGUAGAUCAACCAAGAUCACCGAUAGUCCCAAGAAAGAAUUGAAACCCUUGAGCUCGAUUCAACCUGGUAGUGGUCGACAAUCACCCGCGCCUUUACCCGCACCAUCGCCUCAAUACGUCUCCAAACCUUUAGAGCCUUCUCCAGUCAUACUAAACAUCUCCAAAGCUCACGAUGGACAUAAACAUCAUACUCACCAUUUACGACGACACGGUCACGCACAGCAUCACGGACAUGGACAUCAUGGUGGACACGGGAUCAGUGACCUACCUCCUGAGGUGAUCAUCGAAGCGAUCUUUAACCCUCAUCCAGCCAGUGUCAACGGUCCAUUCACAUAUGUACCGCAAAACAAAGGUGUCGAUUUGGAGAAUGAAAAGCAGGUGUUGGAAAAGGUCAUCAAACAGGCUUCUUCUUCCUCAAAUAAUGGGAGUAUGACUGGGACAAAUACAGGUGACGGGACUGGUACGGGUACGGGUGGAAACACACCUGAAAAUGUGAUUGACCUGACCGAAACUCAACCUCAAGAUAGUGCGAGUGCGACGAGUAGACACAAGUUGGGUUGGAGAGCGAUGAGAGUCAGGGCCAAAGCUGAAAGAGAACAAAAAGAAAAGGAGAAGAGUAUCCGGAAUAGGAAAAGGACGAGUUCUAGUGGAUUGUAA